CGAGGCAGGGAGCGCGCGGGCGGGUCGGGCCGGGCACCCAGCGUCUAGUCGAGCGCCGCGCGGCACGUCGCCCAGCAGCCCGCGCCAUCGGGGAGCCAGGCCGACAGAGCGACGUCCUCCCGGCCCGGCGCCCGCAGGUUCCAGGUGCGGGCAUGCUGGAGGUUCAGGCGUCCUCUGUCAGGGAAUGCUCUGAGUACUGACUGACUGCUGAUAGUUGCACUGAAGACAGAGCUGGUGAACAGAGAAAAGAAGAGGCCUUGGUCACAGAGCACCGCUAAAGAAAUGAGCCGUCAGACUGCUACAGCACUACCUACAGGUACUUCAAAGUGUACGCCAUCACAGAGAGUGCCUGCGCUGACUGGCACUACAGCUUCCAAUAAUGACUUGGCUAGUCUCUUUGAGUGUCCUGUCUGUUUUGACUAUGUGCUGCCACCAAUUCUUCAGUGUCAGAGUGGCCACCUUGUUUGUAGCAACUGUCGCCCCAAACUUACGUGCUGUCCAACUUGCCGAGGCCCACUGGGCUCCAUUCGUAACCUGGCUAUGGAGAAAGUUGCCAAUUCUGUACUAUUCCCGUGUAAAUAUGCCUCUUCUGGAUGUGAGAUAACUCUGCCACACACAGAAAAAGCAGACCAUGAGGAGCUAUGUGAGUUUAGGCCUUAUUCCUGUCCAUGUCCUGGUGCUUCAUGUAAAUGGCAAGGUUCUCUGGAUGCUGUAAUGCCACAUCUGAUGCAUCAACAUAAGUCAAUUACAACACUUCAGGGAGAAGAUAUAGUGUUUCUUGCUACAGACAUUAAUCUUCCUGGUGCUGUUGACUGGGUUAUGAUGCAGUCUUGUUUUGGCUUUCAUUUCAUGUUAGUAUUGGAGAAACAGGAAAAAUAUGAUGGUCACCAGCAGUUCUUUGCGAUUGUACAGCUGAUAGGAACACGCAAGCAAGCAGAAAACUUUGCUUAUCGACUUGAGUUAAACGGUCAUAGGCGGCGACUGACUUGGGAAGCAACUCCUCGAUCUAUCCAUGAGGGAAUUGCAACAGCCAUUAUGAAUAGUGACUGUCUAGUCUUUGACACCAGCAUUGCACAGCUCUUUGCAGAAAAUGGCAAUUUAGGCAUCAACGUAACUAUAUCGAUGUGUUGAAAUGGCAAUCAAACCUCUUCAGGCCAGUGUUUAAAACCAUUGCAUUUAAUUUAGCAGAAACUAGGGUAACCAUCGUUGACUGUCAGACAAAUUAUUUGGUAGAUGGAGGAUAGACAUAUAUGAAGGUAAAUAAAAGGAAAGGCUGUUAAAUUACAGGAAGCAGUUGCAUGUAGUAACACUAAUAUAUUUAAAAUAAGUCAACAGUAAACCACUGAAAAUAUAUAUACACCCAAAAUGGGCAUCUUUUGUAUUAAGAAUUGAUUCUACAGGAAAUGUUGUAAAAUAAUUCUAAAAACUUGUUUGUAGAUUGAUUGUACUGUUGAAAAGGAUACUGUUUCGUGUUUUUGUUUGUGUUCUUUUCCUCCCCCUUUGACUGACAAGCCAUGUUGAGCGGUUUGGGCUUUGGCCGCUGCUUCCCAUGCCCCUCCUCCCCCCCUCCUUUGUAAGUCACUACAUAGUAUUGCUGCUGUUUGUGUAUAUUUUUUGUGUAUUUGCUAAUUUUUAUUAACUUCUAGUUUUUCAUUAAAUAAAUAUGACUUUCUUUUCUGUAAUUCAGGUUUUUCUCUUUUUUUUUUUUUUGUAUCUUUAAAGAAUUAAAUACAGGUGUCAUCUUUUGAUAUGCAUAAUUGCUAUGGUAAAAUUAAUAUUUCUGUAUGUUUGGUAAAUUUUGUCUCUUUCCAGUAGUCAAUUAAUUGGUGAUACUGUUCUUAAUUGAGCUAUUUUGUGAAUGUACUGAACUUGAAAGGAGUAAUUAUGUUCAAAGAUGCAUCAGGAAAGAAAGCUCCUUUAAAAACAGCUCUAGAUGUUGUUGUACUUUGAGUUAUGAUCUAACAAAAAUGAACUACAAGGAUUUUUCCGCAUUUAAAAAAAAAUACGUUUCAAAUUUAGAGAUGCUUAGAAACUCUCUUGCAUCCCUUGCAUCCUUCUGUUUGUUGGUUUGUUGGUACAAAGAAGGUGUUGUCUUUCACAGUGUUUGUAACUAUACAACAGGCCAUUUGUUUAACAACAAACAAAAAGCACCAAAAAAACAAAGAAAGGGCAGACAGAAUGAGAUGUUUUCAGUCUUUUUACAUUUCUUAUUAAGAGAAUACCUGACAAAUUUAAAAACAAUUGUUUUUGCUUUGUGCUUUAGCUCAAAGUUUGACACACUACUACUCUUGCUCACUUUCUUGUCCUGUCUCUCGGUUGUUACUGAAGUAAUUUUCUUGAACUGAUUUUUGUAUAUUAUUUUGGCGAUAUGAUACACAGUCAAAUGCAAGUAAUCUCUUACAGAUAUGAUUCACCAGCCGUAACAGCUUUUGUAAGAUAUGGGCUUUGUGCAGACUGCCUCUAUGUGAAAAAAAUUAACCGUGAAUGUAUAUGGUAUUUGUGUUACAAAACAGAUGCAAAGAAAGAAAAAAGGAUAACGUGAAAAGCUGUUUCAUCUCAAGCUAUUUAAAGGAAGUCUUUGUCAAACCUAGUAGUACUGGACAUCUGUUGGGAGAGGUAGCCUGACUAUUAAUUCCUUUUGUAACACAUUAAAAUACGGUUUAUUUACUGUG